UUUAAAAAAAUCAAGUUGUAGUGGAAAAGCACAUGUUGAAGUAAACAAAUCUCGUAAAUAUUUCGCCGAGCGAACAUUGCAUUAUUGUUCAGCGGAUCCGUGGUCUAGUGGUAACACACUGGCUUCACAAUCCAGAGAUCGCUGGUUCGAUCCCCCGCUGCACCUUACCUACCUUCUCGUCUUUCGCAUGAGACGUUAAACCGAGGUGCAGUGUACUAGGUGCUAUACACCGGAAGACAAUCCCGGUGCACUCGAUAAAAAACAAUGAAGAAGAAUGGUUAAAGAAGCGUACGUUUGCGUUCUUGAUUUGGGGAAAAUAGGAAUGGAAGGAGAAAAUGAACCUGGGCUGAUGUUAACUAGAGAACAAGCUGAAGAACACAUGGAAAAUGCAGUAGACGAUUCAUCUAUCGCACUUGCUGCUGUAAAUGAAGGACCAGUGCUUGUCGGUGAAGGUAAUUCUGCAAAAAAUGAUUCACUGAUGAAUGUACAAAAGGAAUCACAUGUGCAAGAUAGAAAUGAAAACGCACCUGGCGCUCCAACUAAAGAUACUGAAGAAGACCAGAAACAAGAGUCUGGAGAUAUGCCUGGCAAGACUGUUAUUGAAAAUGACAUUGAGACUAAUGUAAGUGUAGUCAGUGCAGAUGGAUGUACCAUUGAUUGUGACUCAAAGAUGACUACUCUGGAUGCAUCUUGUGAGACUAAGGAAGGUGAAUCACCUGACCAGUCUAAAGAUGCGGCAGGGGAUGAGGAUGCACCAGUGCUGAUGGAGUACAGGAAGGCUGGCGGGAUGCUGGCGGUGGAAGACUCUGAUACUUCACCAGACAGCUCCAGUGAGGAUGAGGCUGAGGCGAUGGCAGCAGUCGAGACCUUGGAUCCCAGCACGCAGAUUAACCAGACAAUAUCAAACGAGCGUGAUCAAUCUCCAGACAGAGAUCGCAGGGUGAAGCUGAACAGAUAUGGCUUUGAGGAUGUACGCACCAAGGGAGAACUCUUGCCUGAGGAGUUGCCUCCCUUAGAAGAAUUGACCAUCACAGUUGACGAGUCUGUGAUCAUGAAGGAAGUGGGUCACAUCAAAAGCAUAGUUGGUGUUCUGGUGGUCAUUCAGUCGAAUGAAAACACCAGCCCUCUGGAUGAUGACUCCAUUUUGUUUGUCAAUGGCCACAAAGUGCUGGGGCAGGUGUUUGAAGUGUUUGGUCCCGUAAAAAAGCCCUGGUACUCGGUGCGCUUCAAUGACAUAGACAACAUCUCACACAAGGGCCUGCAGGUGGGCAUGACUGUGUACUGCGCUCCCAAAGAAGAGGCCUUCACACGUUAUGUCUUCCUGGAGAAUAUGAAGAACAUCAGAGGGUCUGAUGCAUCCUGGGAAGAUAAUAAUGAACCACCAGAAAAGCAUCUGGAGUAUUCAGAUGAUGAGGCUGAGAGGGUUGCCAAGUCUCGCAAGAAGAAAGGCGGGCCUAAACAGGGAGAAAGGGUAGAGGCUGGUGACCAGGGCAACAAGAGGAAGAGGAACAGAGAUGCCAUGAAUAAAGAUAAAGGAGGCAACCCUCAGUCAAACGGAUCGCAACAUGGUAAUCAGAGGCGGAAUCCCUUUCAAGGCAAUACCAGUCAUAGCCCCAACCCCAGAUUUUCAAACCAAUCCCAGAGCAACCAUGGUAACAACGGCAGUCAGCGCUGGCCCCCAGGACCAAAUGCUGCUCACUUUAACAGACCGCCGCAAAACUUUGGUGGACCCCCGCGUUUCCAGCCUAACAAUCAGUUUACUGGCUAUCAGCAAAACUUUGGCAACUUUGUUCCCCAGUUGAAUACAAGUCCUCACAUUGGAUUUAACAACAGUCAGAACUUUUCAAAUAGUUUUGGUGGCACGGGAUCACAUAACAGUUCAGGAUUAAGCAAUAAUUCUCCUGGCACCCAGAUGAAUCCAGUUAGGCCUGUAUUCGGUCAAAUCGGUGCGCAGGGUUCAAAUGUCCCCCCAGACUUUACCCGUCCCCCACCUCCUUUCGUAGGUAGCAACCAGUCAUUUAACCAGCACCAAGCUAACAUGGGACAUAUGCAACAGCAACAGCCGUCAACAAUGUCAGUGAAUCAGCCACAGGGAGGGUUGGGUAUUCAGACGGGCAAUUCAAACACUGGACAGUAUGGCAACAUGGGCAUGCUACCUACAUGUAAUCUGAACAACAGUCCAGCAACAUUGCCAAACCCUAGUGGACAAUUCAUGCAGCCACCUGGGAGUCGUUUUCAGUCUCCCCAAGUAAUGGCUACAAAUGCUGGUCAACAGAAUCAAUCAGGCCCACAUGGUUUCUUGCCCUCCGUCCCUCAUAUGCCUGGCACAGGUGGAAAUCCUGUUGGUGGGGUAGUCAAUAGCAACAGUCAGAGGGGUCAGUUUUGGAACCUGAAUCAACAGGACACUGGCAGUGUUCAAAAUAACAUGAGGAAUAUUGGCUCACCCAUGAACCCUGUUUCGUCAAGUCCUAACUUCCAUAUUAGUCCCAGUCACUUCAAUGAUUCUACAAUUCAAACAAGUAUGAACAGCAGGAACGCCAACAUAUACGGACAUUCUACAAACAGCAAUUUUACAUACACAGAUGGCAAUGUUAACAGUUCCAGGGAUUGGAAUUCACAGCAACCAAAUGUAGGGUUUCAGGGGCUUUACCAAGGACCAGGACAGGGUCCCAAUCAUGGGGGGUUUCAGAGUCCUGUAAACAUCAAAAUGCAAGGGACUGGUCCAUUUCAAUACAUGGGGAAGUACAGGUCAGUCACAGGCGCCAGGCUAUGACAGUAAUAGCCAUGAUGGACAAGUACAGUCUGGGACUUUUAAAUUUAACAACAAGUUGGUUGACCCUAGAUACAUUGAAAACAACUAAAAACAAUAUUUAAGUAAAUGACUUUUGCACAAACUUUUUUCUUAUUAAACACAUUUACAUUCACAUUCGUGGAUUUAUUGACAAAUGCAAUACAAUUGUUGUUUUAUUGUUAGCUCACUUGAGCACGUAUUGCCAAUGGGGGAACAAUUUGGAUAUUUGUUUCUGCAUAAGCUUUUAGAAUAAGCACACAUGUGUAUACGAAUGAUUUUCAUCAUAGUUAUGUCACUUUAUCUAUUUUUUUUCUUCAAACAACCUCAAAAAGCUCUGAAAUCACAAGGUUCAGGGUUUUAAUAUUUGAUGUGUAACAUUGUCAAGUAGUCUUCUACUAAAUUUGUUCUUAUUAUGCUUAUUUGUGUUGCAAUCAGGCAAUCAUACAGGGGCACAUAACUUUUGUAGAUUUAUAUAGCAAAAUAUGUUUAAAAAUCUCUGAACUGCAAGGCCUUGAGGUUUGGUAUUUGUUAUGUAACAUCAUGUUUGGUGCUCUUUCAAAUUUGUUGAAGUAAUGUCCCUGGUCAUAAUUUUCACCACCCUGGCAUUUCACUUAACAUGAAACAUUACCACAAAGAGGUUGGGAAGUUUUCCUUUAAUGGAUAUAGUGCAAACUUUAAAACAUGAAACUUCAUCAGAACAUGAAAAUUGUUAUGCUCUGAAUAGUUUUAGGGUUUCAGGUGAGCGACCUUUUGUUGAUAUUUUGUUUACUUUAUUGUUAGAGAUAUUAUGGGAUGGAUUUACAACCAUUGGUCAGAUUAGUAUACAUGAUGUACUGUUAUCAUUAGUGCAUUAGCAUGCUACUGCUGUUCACAACUUUAGUUUUAAGGAAAAUGAAAGACCAUGGUUUAUAUUAUUAGAAAUUGAUAUUGUUACAGUACUAAAAUGCAUUUACAAUAUGUAUGGCUUUCAUAGUUUGUUAUGAAGUCGCAUGAGUAAAAUAUUGACCUAAACAUUAAUUGAAUUUGAUAGGACCAUUUAAGUUCUUAAAUAAAAGCCUUAUGUUUGAUCUUGUAUUAAUUAAAAUCUUAAAUAUUGUCCUUUUAUUCUUAUUAUUUUACUUUAUUUUUCAUAGAUUUAUAUAUAACUUUUUUUAUAGACCUUUAUGAAAUUAGUCAAGAUUUAUUGAUAAAUGUACAUGUAAUAAAUACUUAAAUGCUU